AUGGAGAAGAAGUUAAGGAUAAAGAAGAAAGUAUGGAUGGGGAAGAAGUUUGGGAUGGAGAAGAAUCUACUAAUUAAGGAAGCAGAAGAAGUUAAGGAGGAUGGAGAAGAAGAUAGGGAAGGAGAAAAAGUGAAGAAUGAAGAACAAGUUAGGGAAGGAGAAGAAGUUAAGGAUGGAGAAGAAGAUAGGGAAGGAGAAGAAGAAGUUAAGGAUGGAGAAGUAGUUUGGGAUGGGGAAGAAGUGAAGGAAGGAGAAGAAGUUAAGGAAGAAGAAGAAGAAGUUUUGGAUGGAGAAGAAGUUAAGGGUAAAGAAGAAAGUAUGGAUGGGAAAGAAGUUUGGGAUGGAGAAGAAGUUAAGGAUGGAGAAGAAGUUUGGGAUGGAGGAGAAGAAGACCGAAGUAUGGAGAAGAAGAUUAAGGAAGAAGAAGUUUAG